GAAAUCUCCCACUGCUCUUCAGUAGCUCACCCUGACUGAUCUCACCAUGGUUACCCACCUUAACCUGAUGGUACUGGUACUUGUGCUGACUCUUCAAGAGCCAGUUCAUACAGGAGAAAUCAUUGGUGGCCAUGAGGUUGUGGCACACAGCAGGCCGUACAUGGUGCUUUUGGAGAGGCACAUGUCAAUUGGUAAAAACAAGUACUGUGAUGGCUUCCUUCUGAAUGAGGAAUUUGUGAUGACUGCAGCCCACUGCCACGCAAAGUUCUACAGAGUAUUUCUGGGACUUCAUGAUUACCGUAAACAGAAUGGAGUAUGGUGUGUGGAUGUAUACAAGAAGUUUCAGCACAAAGGCUUCAAUGAAACUGAUUUCAGAAAUGACAUAAUGCUUCUUAAGUUGAGUGCUGAGGUAAAGUUCAAUGACAAAGUGAAACCUGUUGCUCUCGCAGAUGAUGAUGGAUCUGUGCCAAAAUCAUGUGUAGUUCCUGGCUGGGGAACUACCGAAAAGGGUGAACUGUCUGACGUACUCCUGGAGGUCAACGUAACCCUGACUGACACUGAGAUUUGUGCUAAGGAAAAUAAGUACUGCUCUGAGGGUCAGACUGGACCGAGUACUGGAGACUCUGGUGGCCCAUUAGUCUGUGAAGAUGGAAAAGCAUAUGGAGUGGUGUCUGCCAGCAGACCAAAACCAGGCGGCUCCACAAUCUAUAGUUAUACUAAGAUACCUGACAAGAGAGACUGGAUUGAUUGCAUUAUAGAACAUAAUGGAAAGUGCUAAUACAUGCAAUACUCCAGUCCAAAUUCUCAAACCCAGCAUGAGUUCCUUUUUGUUUUUUAAUGAAUCUAUCUUAAAAAAGGAGUGAUCUGAUUACUGUGAUAUGAAUAUUAUAUAUUUCCUUUCUGCCAGCUACAAACCUGAAGUUUCAUUUUAGUUAUAGUCUAGAAUCACAAAUUUAAAUGUUGACUCAAUACAUUUUAGUAGAUGUGAUACUGCAUUUCCUGCUUUUAAAAUCAGCAUUAAAUAAUUUUACUGCUUUGUGCUUCUUUUAAACCCUUUAACAUUCCUGGGGUUCAUUUUCCCAUGUAUUUGGGCCUGUAUAAGGGCCCUAGGAUUGUUAAAGGGCUAAAUAAGA